GCUGGACCCUACGCACACACGGACUGGUCGCCGCUCUUUAACAACUCAAGCCGGGUGGACAGCUGGCCCAACCGCUCCAUCCACCGUCUUGGCAGGCGCGGGGUAGCUCGCUGCUUUCGCGAUCGCGCCAUCACGUCCUAUUCGUAAAGCCAUCGAACGCAAUAACCGCACGACAUAGCAGCGAAAUGGCGGAUUCCAACCCUGCAAGCGAGUUGACGCUGCGUAAGCUCGGCGUUUUUUGCGGUGCCAGCCCCGGCUCGGACCCCAAGUACAUGGCCUCCGCUCGGGCCCUCGGCGAGCAGCUGGUGCGGGAAAACAUCGGCCUCGUGUACGGCGGCGGUACGGUGGGCCUUAUGGGCGAGAUCGCUCGUACGGUGCAGGCGGGGCUGGGAGACGACGGCGUGUUGGGCGUCAUUCCGCGCGCCCUCACGCCGCGAGAGGUGUCCGGCUCCAUGAUCGGGCGGACCCACAUCGUGGAGGACAUGCACACGCGCAAGGCCAUGAUGGCGCAGCACGCGGACGGCUUCAUCGGCUUGCCGGGUGGUUUCGGCACGCUGGAGGAGCUGCUGGAGGUGGUUACCUGGCAGCAGCUGGGGUUCCACACCAAGCCCAUCGGACUGCUCAAUGUGGGCGGCUUCUUCGACCCGCUGCUGGCCUUUGUGAAGCAUGCGGUGGCGGAGGGUUUCAUUCGCUCUCAACACAACACCCUCAUCGUCUCCUCCGACCCGACCGACCUCAUCGCACGCAUGAGGGCGUUCAAACCCCCCGUGUCGCUGGUUGCCUCCGCACUCAACAGCACGGGGCCGGUGGGGCUGGACGUCAGCGUGACCUCGCAGCAGGCGGAGGAGGGGCAGGGGAAGUGAGCAGCGCAAUCAGCAGAAGGGAGCAGCAGCAGCAGGCGGAGGAGAGGAAGUGAGCAGGGGGAGGAGCGGUAGCAGCCAGGGUAGUGUAGGACUGUAGGGAAGGGGUGUGAUGGUUAUGUGGUUGUUCGCUACGAGUGAGCAGGACAGGAACGGGGUGCCUGAACAGGGUUAUGUAGCUGGAAUAAGAGGAACACACGGGGCGCAGGCUUAGCGUCGUGGUAUGCGAGAGGGGCAGUGGCGGUGAUUGCGGGUUGGGAGCUGUGGCGGGAAGCGAGCGCUGGGGGGGAGAGGUAGCUGUAGGGGCGUGCAGCUGGUGCGUGUAUGGUAACGCGUGCCUCACCUUGGCUUGUUCUUACAGGGAAUCCAGCCGGAAGUGGUUAUGCAGCACGGCCAGCACCGAGGAACGGAUACCCGAACAUGCAUGCGCCACACAACUUGUGUUGCAAUGGCCGUUCACAGCCUCAUACAGUUUCAUACCGGUCGCAUCAACAUCUCCUCAUGCUGCUGUGUUGGUGUUGAACUCUGAAGUUCCAGGAUACUUGUACAUGCAGCU